AACUGGAACACAGCCCGGACGGAUUUGAGAGACGCACCAGAAACAAACGUUGAAGCUGCGCUGGAGGGAGAUUUGAGAGGCGCAUGGAGAGCUGUCGGUCCGAAACUUGGCUGACUGGAGACUUUAAUUGUUAAUUCCUUUCUCGCUUCAUCGUUUAAUUCAAAAUUUUCCCACCAUGGAAGCAGACGCAAACAUAAAAGUGACGCCAAAAGGGUUUCUCUGCAUCUUAUGCAAUGUCAACCUGCCUAACUUGCCAAGCCUGGAGCAGCAUGUGAAAGGGCGCAAACACAAGACACUGAGCACGGUGAAGGAGACCAGGAAGGCCCAGGAGGAGCACAGUGUGUUUGUCAGCGGCAUCAAGCCUCAAAUCUCUCAGACCGACAUCACCGAGUACUUCCAGAAGUUUGGCCAGGUCUCAGACGUUAUCAUGGAUAAAGCCAAGGGUGUGUUCGCCAUCGUGCAGUUCACUGAUGCCGACAGCACUCAGGCCACGCUGUCCUGUCUCGAGCAUCGGAUGAGCGGCUUGAAGCUGCGAGUCAAACCUCGGGAGAAGAAGGAUUUCAAGCUGAUUCCCAAGAAGACCGGGUCGGAGAACCUCCAACAAUCUCUGGACCGUCUCAAACCUCAGCUCUGUCAGUUGGCAUCUGUGGAUGCACAGAUGCAGCACGUCGUUGAGCGAUUUCAGCUGGGAGAAAAUGAAAAGAAGACCCGAGAGUUGCUGGAGCUCCUGCAAGAGGUUUUCGUGGAGUUUUUUCCAGACAGCCAGAUUCUGCCAUUCGGUUCGUCCGUCAACACUUUCGGUGUCCACAACUGCGACAUAGACCUGUUCCUGGACCUGGAAAACACCAAGGUGUUCCAGGCCCGUGCCAAGUCUACCACAGAACAGGCAGGGGAGGGCAUGUCAGACGAUGGCCGCUCCGAGGACUCCAUCCUGUCCGAUAUCGACCUGUCCACUUCCUCUCCCACCGAGGUCCUGGAACUUGUAGCAACAAUCCUAAGACGCUGUGUCCCCAGUGUGCACAAAGUCCACGUGGUCGGCAGUGCUCGCCUCCCUGUAGUCAAGUUCCAUCACCAGGAGCUGAACCUGCAGGGGGACAUCACCAUCAACAACAGACUGGCAGUAAGGAACACCCGCUUCCUCCAGCUGUACUCCGGGGUGGAGGACAGGCUGAGGCCGCUGGUGUACACCAUCCGCUACUGGGCCAAGCAGAAGCAGCUGGCUGGGAAUCCCAGUGGUUCCGGUCCUCUCCUCAACAACUACGCGCUGACUCUGCUGAUCAUCUACUUCCUGCAAAACUGUGAUCCUCCUGUCCUCCUCACAGUGGACCAGCUCAAAGACAUGGCCUGUGAGGAGGAAGAGUGUGUGAUUGAGGGAUGGGACUGCACCUUCCCUAGUCAGCCUAUAGCUGUGCCCCCCAGCAAGAAUACACAGAACCUCUGCACCCUCCUCUUUGGCUUCUUCACCUUCUAUGCUAAUUUUGAUUUCGCCGGGAGUGUCAUAUCUGUCAGGAAGGGGCGGGCGCUCCCCAUCACUGAUUUCCUCAGCCAGAAUAAAUCGGAAGAGGCCAUGCAUGAGGAAAAACCCACCAAGACCCAACCCCACGGCCCCAAGCUGGGCCCACUGAUUCUCUUAGACCCUUUUGAACUCUCCCACAACGUGGCGGGAAACCUGAACGAGCGCUCUCACCGCAGCUUUCAGAGGGAGUGCCAGGACGCGGACAAGUACUGCCGCAGCCUGCAGUUCCAGCACAAAUCCCUAAAGGGGAAACCAUGGGGGCUGGUGCGCUUGUUCACCCCCCAAGGGGGCGCCCCGCGGGACAAAACGGAGCAGCUGACAAUCAGCAUCCCUUUCAAACUAGCGUCGCUACCCGAAACGCUACGAAAUGAGCUGCACCACGCGGGAGAUGGUUUCCGGUUGCUGUGGUUUCAGAAGGUCUGCUCUGCCGUGGAGGGAGUCUUUAAAAACGUCCUCAGGUGUAACAUCGCUCCCUCCACAGAUGUCGCCUUCGGCCAGGACUCGGCGGUUGAUGCUGCCGGGGAAAUGGAAACCUCCCUCAACACGUCAACAAACGACAGCUUUGACUCCAAAGAUGCGGCCGUGGUCGGUGCCAAGAGGCGGCUAUCAUCUGGCAGCGAUGCAGCCGUGUCGCCUCAAGGCAAAAAGCCAAGGAUGACAAAAACGCAGAAGCCCGAACUCCCUCACUGGAUCUGCGCGCAGAAGCACAUGGUGUGGGCCGGCCGGAGGAAAGUGAGGAGGGAGCUGAUCAAAGAUACCGACUGCCGGCCGGAGGGCAGCUGCAUGGAGAUGGAGGCCCAGGUCACAGAUCGCAUCAUCGAGAAAGAGCCUGGGCUCAAGGAGACCCUGGAGUUCAAGGUGCAGCCUCAGAUGGUGGGCGAGACGGAAAGCACAAAGACAGUGCUGACGAUGGAGCCAACCAGCGACCAGACGGGAGUGUUUCAAGACCUAUUUCACUUCCUGGAGGUCUUCUUACCGAAGAUGGUAGAGACACUGCUAGAGAAAGAAGCCGGCAGUGCUUAAAACGAGACAUAUUUAGGAUAUGUCUAAGCAUUUUGUUUAUUUGUUUUGAUCAAAUCACAGCUAAUUGUAUUAACCUUUGAGAAGACAUGCAUUAUGUGGCUUUAUGUUGACCAGGCUUCGGUUAUUAUAUUUGUGAAUGUGGGCUUCUUCAGAAUAUCAAGUUUGUAAUAUUUUCCUAUAUAUUUGUACCCUUUUGUGUUUGUUUCUGACUUAGCCCUACUUUUAUGUUUGAAACGCGGCUUGUUUUUAGUGGAGUUUUGUUUAACAUAAUCUUAAAUGGUGAAGCUUCAGAGGGAUGUUCAGUGGCUGACAUUUGAUGGUAUCUUCAAAUGAAUAAAACCAUCUUUGUGUAACACCA